UGUGCUCAGUGCACAGAGCACUGCAAAGCACUACAGCUUGGAAGCGUGAGCUUUCUUUUUUUUUUUCUCCUCUCCAAAAAGUUUUCAGGAAGUCUGGGGGAGGGGCGAUACCGUUUCUUUUUUGUUAUAAUGGGCCCCUUUGUGGAGAUGGGAGAGGGAAGAGCUGCGUGCCUGCGUUGUGCAGGCUUUGCCGUGAUUCCCUGGGCAGCUUCUCUGUGCUCCUAACAGGCACUGGGCCUGCGUGUGGGGAGAGAGGAGAGGGACUGGGCCGGGAUGGAGCUGAUGGUCCUGCUCAACGCUCUUGUUACUCGCCUGCUGUUCAUGCUGCACUCCCUCAUCGGGGUCUGGAGAGUGACUGAAGUGAAGAAAGAACCUAUGUACUGGCUGCUGGCACUGCUCAAUCUUCUCCUUUGCCUGGAGACAGGACUCACGCUCAAGUUCAAGCAAGGCAGAGGCUACAAAUGGUUUUCCCCAGCAAUCUUUUUGUAUCUGAUUUGCAUAGUACCAUCAUUGUGGCUACUGGAAAUUAACCAUGGGACACAGUAUUGCGGUAAUGAGCCAGAAGCUGUUCAGUUGAAUGUCACCAGUAAUGACAUCAGUCAGCCUCUGGACAGCAGUGAUGGAAACGAGAGCACAGAUCACCACAUCAUCCGGACGGCUAAAGUCUUCGUGAAUCAGCUCUCCACAAUCUGUGAGAGUGUAUGGACCCUGGCCCUCCACCAGACCUUUCUAUUACUUCUAGUAGUUGGGAGAUGGCUUCUCCCAAUUGGGGUUGAAAUCACCCGGGACCAGUUGUCCCAGCUGCUUCUCAUGUUUGUAGGAACAGCAGCAGAUAUACUUGAAUUUGCUAGUGAAACCCUGGACAUUGACGAUGUACGGAAGAAUUAUAUUCUCAUGAAUGCAAUUCUCGCUGUGUGGACCUGGAGUAUGUUACAGUUUCCACUUGAUCUUGCAGUACAGCAUAUUGUCUGCAAGCCAACCACGUCGAGCAGGCAGUUUCCUAGCCUGCUGCUCUGCAGCUAUAGUUCAGAGCUGUGGAACAUCGGGGUCAGCUUGUUCAUACAGGAUGGACCCUUCUUCAUUGUACGUACAAUUCUGAUGGGCCACUUCCGAAUAUUCAGCCAGAUGCUGGUGUUUUUUACAGCUAAGAAUAUCUUAGUUGUGAUCCUCCAAUUGUAUCGCUUGGCAGUGAUAACUUUAGACUUUCGCGCUACUAUUCUGCAAAAGAGCAGGAAGGGAGAAGUUGGCUGCUGCCCAUGCGAGCCUCAUGAAGCCACUACUCAUGCUACCACUAAGCAGGAUGCUGAAAUGAAAGAAUGUGUUGCUUUACCACUGAAAGAGGAACCCCAGGCUCCAUUGGAAGACCAGUAAGCAACGUGAUUGACUCAAGACCAAUGUCAUUCCUCAGCUGCUUCAGAAGGGCCUAUUUCUAUGGUGAAACUGACUUCGAACACAAUUAAUCUCUUCCACUAAGAGAUUAACAAGUUCUUCUAACCUGCAGGGGAAAUUUCUGAAGAAAAAAACAAACAAACAAACAAAAAAACCAAAACAUAGAAAUGGGAUGCUUUGUAUUGCAUUGGAUUUUGGGGGUUUUUGACCAGUUCCCUACUAUAUUAUUCACAGGGAUUUUGUAGCCGUAGUUUGUAGUAGCAAGAAAAGUUUGGCGCAUUAAAAAGUUGGUUAUAAUCUUUGGUGGCACUUUGCUAAUGUUUGAACUUGCCUGUAUUCAGUUAGAAGGACAAACUUAUCCCAAUGGAACAGAGGAAACACGGAAGCAUUUAGCCCUACCUCAGUGACUGGGCUACAGCUAAGGUGAACAUUACGAUCACUGUGCAUAGCAGCAGCUGCAGCAGCCACAACUGCAGACAUGCAAGGGGAUGGGCAUAACAGAUUCCUACUGAUACUCUGACAUCUAAACAUUGUUCGUUUAGAAAAGUUAGGAAAAGCUUCACUGCGUGUUACCCCAUUUCUGGCUAAAUUUUCAGUGUAAAAACUACAAAACACCAUGAAAUGUCACAAAAAAAGGCUGUCUAUUAUAGUCUGGAUAAUCUAAACCUUACAAAUAAACAGAUGGGUUAAAAACACGGGAAAGUGCCCAAA